AUGGCAACCACAGUUUCAGGAACAGAGAGUAGUUUUGGCGUUAAUGGAGCUGGUUGUUGUUUAAGUAGUAAAGUUACUACAAUUGGGUCACUUUCUAAAAAGCUAGUUAACUUGAUUCAAGAUAUUACAGAAUCCAAGGAAUUGCCAUGUAUAAAGGCCAAGGGCAAGAAACGUGAUAAAAUUUUUGAAAUGAUCCAUGAUAUUUUUAAUGUCGAAAUUGUUGACAAUAAAUUUUUCAUCAAGUUUAAUAGUUUGGUGAAAUCAGAAAUACAUUCAAAAUAUCGACCUGAGCCAGCACGUAAUCAAAGAAUUAAACCUAUAAUUAAUUCAUCAAAAAUAUUGAUAGGUACCUAUGACAAUUCUGGGGAUCGUGAUAAUGCUAUAAAUAAAUUCGCACGCAUCAUUAUUUCGGCUACUGAAACUGCCUUUCCAACAAAUUCAAAUCCAGGCGUCGGUUCAGUGACUGCAACACCAAAAAUGGCUCGUCCUUCUAGUGCUCCAUGUCUUGGCCAUUUGUCCGCAAGAAAUAUUAUUACUGCAAUUCAAUGGUACAAGAUGAAAUGGAAUAGACAUCUUGUAUUAAGAUGUGGAGUGAACAUAGAUUUUAACGAUAAACUUGAAGAAAUUUAUAAUUAA